CGGCGCUCGCUUUCGUAGUGUGCGGCCGCUGCGCUCGCGGUUCCGGUUCCGGUGCGGGAGCGGGGCCGGGCGGCCAUGGCGGCGGCCUAGGGCGCAGCCGGGCGGGGUGGCGGCACCAUGAUCAUAGAGAACGUGGACGCUCUCAAGUCUUGGCUGGCCAAGCUGCUGGAGCCGAUAUGUGACGCAGACCCCUCAGCCUUGGCUAACUAUGUUGUGGCAUUAGUCAAGAAGGACAAACCAGAGAAAGAGCUGAAAGCUUUCUGUGCCGAUCAGCUGGAUGUCUUUCUGCAAAAAGAAACUUCAGGGUUUGUUGAUAAACUUUUUGAAAGUCUGUACACAAAGAGUUAUCUUCCUUCUCUUGAACCCACAAAAGCAGAAGCGAAGCCUGCAGGUCAGGAAAAAGAAGCCAACAAGGAAGAGUUGUCUCUUAAACAGAAUUUUCAAGAGUCAGUUGAAGAGGAGCGGGAUAGCAGGAAGAAGAAAUACUCCAGUCCACAGAGAAGCCGUGCAGAUUCCAGUGAACAAAGAACCCGAGAGAAAAAGCGAGAUGAUGGGAAAUGGAGGGACUACGACAGGUACUACGACAGGGACUUGUACAGAGAGAAGUCCAGCUGGCGGCGUGGCAGGAGCAAAAGCCGCAGUAAAAGCAGAGGGCUGAGUCGCAGCCGUAGCCGCAGCAGGGGCAGAAGCAAAGACCGUGACGCAACCAGGAGUGUGGCAGAGCACCGAGAGAGAUCAAAAUUCAAGAGUGAAAGAAACGAUGUUGAAAGCUCGUAUAAUCCGGUUUCUGUGUCGCCCAGUAAAUCUUCUGAGCAGUAUUCCUCUGCACAAGCUAUUCCCAGUGCUGUUACUGUAAUUGCACCUGCGCACCACCUUGAAAACACAACUGAGAGCUGGUCAAAUUACUACAACAAUCAUAGCAAUCCCAGUUCCUUUGGCAGAAACCCUCCUCCUAAAAGAAGAUGUCGAGAUUAUGACGAGCGAGGAUUUUGUGUGCUUGGUGACCUUUGCCAGUUUGAUCAUGGAAAUGAUCCUUUAGUAGUAGAUGAAGUUUCCCUGCCCAGUAUGAUUCCUUUUCCUCCGCCACCACCGGGACUUCCUCCUCCGCCUGGCAUGCUUCUGCCACCUCUGCCAGGUCCCACUCGCAACCUGAGGCUGCCAGUUCCACAGGCUCAUCCACAGCCACCACCUCCCGUUGUGCUUCCUGUACCAAGGCCACCUUUAACACAGUCAAGUUUGAUCAAUAAUCGUGACCAGCCUGGGACAAGUGCCGUUCCCAGUCUUGCACCUGUAGGAGCAAGGCUACCUCCUCCCUUACCCCAGAACCUGCUGUACACAGUAUCCGAACAUACAUAUGAGCCAGAUGGCUAUAACCCUGAAGCUCCUAGUAUUACCAGUGCCGGUAGAUCUCAGUACCGACAGUUCUUUACGAGAGCACAAACGCAGCGUCCAAAUCUAAUUGGCCUAACAUCUGGGGAGAUGGAUACAAAUCCAAGAGCUGCCAACAUUAUCAUCCAGACUGAACCUCCUAUUCCCAUUACAAAUAAUAGCAGCACUGUAACUAGAGUUGUCCUUGAACCAGACAGCAGGAAAAGAUCUCCAAGUAGCAUGGAAUGUCCACCAUUAAAGAAACCAUGGCUGGGAAAGCAAGCAAAUAACAACCAGAAUAAGCCAGGAUUUUUGAAGAAGAAUCAGUACACUAAUACAAAACUAGAAGUUCGAAAAAUUCCACCAGAACUGAACAAUAUUACACAGCUCAACGAACAUUUCAGCAAGUUUGGAACUAUUGUAAACAUUCAGGUUGCUUUCCAGAACGAUCCUGAAGCUGCUCUAAUUCAGUACUUAACUAACGACGAGGCUAGGAAAGCAAUUUCCAGCACAGAGGCUGUUCUGAACAACCGAUUUAUAAGGGUGCUCUGGCACAGGGAAGGUGAGCAGCAGUCUCCGUUGCAGCAGCAGCAGCAGCAGCAGACACCCACACAGUCUCUCCAUCACCAACUGCACCUGCAGCAGCAAGCCCUGGCCACCUCUCCGGCUGUGACAAUGCACAGCAACCUGUCAAAGGUGAUGACGAAACCACUGGCCUCUGGUGCCUAUGUGCUUAACAAAGUCCCAGUGAAACGUCGCCUCGGGGGAGCCGGCGGAAGCCAGCCUGACUUAAGCCAGCCCGGGGCUGUGGUAGAGGACUCUCCGACGUUUCCUGCUUCUACCAGUCACUCAAAAAUGGUUUACAGUUCUUCAAGCUUGAAGACAUCAAUGAAGCCUGGUGCAGGCUCUAAACCCCACGAUGUGCAAGAAGCCCUGAAAAAAAAACAGGAGGCAAUGAAACUCCAACAAGACAUGAGGAAAAAGCAGCAGGAGAUGUUAGAGAAACAAAUAGAAUGCCAGAAGAUGUUGAUAUCCAAGCUGGAGAAAAAUAAGGCUGUGAAACCAGAAGAGAGAGCAGAAAUCAUGAAGACCUUAAAAGAACUCACGGGAAAAAUAUCUCAGUUAAAGGAUGAAUUAAAAACUUCAUCCACAACCUCUACGCCAUCAAAACUGAAGUCCAAGACAGAGGCACAAAAGGAACUUUUAGAUGCAGAACUGGACUUUCACAAGAGAUUGUCUUCUGGAGAGGACACAACAGAGCUGCGAAAAAAGCUAAAUCAGUUACAAGUAGAGGCUGCCCGCCUAGGCAUUUUGCCUGCUGGUCGAGGAAAGACUGUGCCUGCCCAAGGACGAGGAAGAGGACGGGGUCGUGGUGGGAGAGGAAGGGGCAUGUUGAAUCAUAUGGUGGUAGAUCAUCGUCCCAAAGCACUGACAGUUGGAGGCUUUGUUGAAGAGGAGAAGGAUGAAUUGCUACAGCACUUCUCUAAAUUUGGAGAUAUUGAAGACCUUCAAGAAGAGGAUUCCCCACUAAGUGUCGUUCUAACUUUUAAAUCUCGCUCAGAAGCUGAGAAUGCUGCUAACCAAGGAUCCCAGUUCAAGGACCGACGGCUACAGAUAUCAUGGUACAAGCCUAAGGUACCUUCGGUGUCUACAGAAAUUGAGGAAGAGGAGUCUAAGGAAGAGGAGACUGAAACUUCAGAUUUAUUUUUGCACGAAGAUGAUGAUGAUGAUGACGAAGAUGAGGAUGAAUCCCGUUCUUGGAGAAGAUGAAACUUGAUGUUGGAAAUGUAUAAUUUUAGGAAUAUAAUUCAAGCUGCAUCUUUUAAACAUUUAUUUAAGGAAGUUGAUGAGCCAAAAAAAGCUUUACUUUCUUUUCAAACCACAAGGUUUAAAGUGAGCAAAGUUUGUUAUAAAACAUUUCUGAUCUCGAGCUGUGAUACUAAGGUAGCCAAAGGCCCAGUAACAUUUUACAUUAUUACCAAGCUCACCAGGGUGGUGAUUUUUUUCUAUUUAAGAAGGAUCAAAAACCAGGGAGGGAAUAGUAUUUUCUUGUCCUUUUUUUGUCACCUGUAUUUCCUUGUUUUGGGUUUUUUAUAAUGCGAUUGAUUUGUUAGUUUAUAAUUGAAAAGAUAUUACAGGUUUUAUUUAGCAAUAUAAUGGGGUCAGGGGAAAUACGCAAUUUUCAUUAAAUGUUAUGAAAGAAAAAACUGCCUCAUUUGCUAAUUGAAAAAGGGUAGCAUUUUAUUUCAUAUGGAGUCAGUGUAGGACUUGUGGCUAAAUUCAUAACUCAAUUAUUUCUAUAUGUUUGAAAGCCACAUGGUUUCUGUCCUCUGCUCUUUGUGAGAAGAGAUGGAAGGAGAAAUUUAACAGGGCAUCGUUAGAAUAUUGUCCAGUUCACAUGGUUUCCUCAAAUUGUGCUUCAUAGAAGGCAUCAGCAGUGACAUCUGUUUGAGGGGAUUUGCACUCCCCAUUGAUUUUCUUCUGUAGUUUCAGUACAGAUUCAAGCUGAAAUCAGACUGCUUUACUGCAUUUCAGUACUUGCAAGCGUGAAUGUAAUGAGUUUCACACCUCCUAAAAAGUAAAACAGCUGAACUGGCACUGCCUACCAGCCAGCAGAAAUUCUUUCUCCUCUCCCUUUACCAACUGUUUAUGUUCAAACCAAAUCCAUGCAGCAUUCAGAGCAAAAGGCUUUUCUGCUGACUGAGUCUGUGUCCUGCUCAAAGGCUUGGUUAGAGCAGUAGUGCGUCUCGAGAGGAGCACGCAGAAUGCUGGGCUUGGAAGGUUCCUCAUUUAUCUGUGAGUGUAUUUGUGUCCAGAUAUACGUAGGACAAGCACCGUUCUGUCCUCAGUUGCCUUAUUGUACCAUCUUAAAGACUCCCUCAAGCUGACCUGCCCCAGUGCGGGGUGUGUGACUGCAGAGGCGAGGGUGACGCCUGCAGGCUGAACUCCUGCCUGGCUCCUGCCCCUCACGAAGCUGUCAUCGAGUGGGCAUCUCCCUCCACUCCUUCCCCUCCUACCAUGCACUGCCCAGUGCAGUUUAUGUACGUUCCUGUACGGAUAAGACACAGCAUGGGUGCAAAAGGGCUCUCUCCCUUUUGGGUAAUUGGCUCCAGUACAUUUGCCAGCAAGUUCCUGGCUGCAGAAAGCUAUACAUCAAAGCCUUUAAUUUCUGAUGGCCCUGAACUUGGCCAGGGCAGUGUCCUGUGCAUGCCACUGGGCUCGCUGUUCCCCAAAUUCUGUCAUCCUUGGUGUAGCAGAAUCCAAGCCCAUGUGAGCGCCUAUUUUCAUGUCCACUGGAGGGAAUGUGUCAGUGUCCUGACUCUUCACAUCUAAACCUCACCUCUUGAUACAGUUGGGGUUGCCGUGCUAACGCUGAGGCUAAAUUACAGAUGUGAAGAACCGAGGGGAACCGGUCCUCUCAGCUUUGAAGAAUGUCUUUGCUUUUCUCCAAUCACCUCUAUGUUUUUUUUAUGGCUGUGGCUCAGUCAGUAUAAAUUCUGAAAAAUCCAUUGUGACAAACACCUUUGAGUCCUGACAGUUUAAAAAUGAGAGAGGGAACAAAAGGAUUUAUAUAUUUUUCUGUACAGAGUUUUUUCUUAAACUGUAUAAUUUUGUAAAUAUUUUGAUUUUUUUGUGUACUAAAACUACCAGCGUAUAGAUUUCCAUAAGAAUUGUUGUAUUUUUGUAUUUGGAAAAUGAAAAUUAUAGUGGAUGGAUGGAGCUGUAAGACGCGUUGCAGUAGGCUUUGACAGGUGUAGACUGGGAUUCCUUUUCACAGGGUUUUGGCUCCACAGUGACCCUACGUGGUGUGCUGCACCAGCCGUUUGCUG